UUCCUCGACUGGACUUUAGUGCCCUCUAGCGGUGCGCUCCAAAAAGGAAAGUUCCUGCGUUGCCUAUUUUGUGACAUAAUGGAUAGAUGGAUUUAGCCAUUUUAGCCUCAGAAAUGCCUUUACAAGUAGUCAGUCAUCAUGUAAAACGCAGGAUGCUACAUAGACUGAUAUAACAUGUUUUCUUUUUAGUGUUAAAAAUGAUAAACGUGUUCCUGUCCAUGUAACUUGCAAUUCAGCACCAUGGACAGAUCUGCACUGCAGUCAUUACAAAAGAUAGCAGCAAAUACGCCAAAAGUAGCUCCAUUCAAACAACUCUUUUGAUCACUUUAGUCCCGGGAUCUUUUCCUUCUUUACCUCCCUACUUCUUUUUCAUAUCUAUAAUUUAAACUCAUGGUAAAAUACGCCAUGCACAAGCUUUCAUAGGUGAAAGAUGAAACAAAUCAAAGGAAAAUAUCUUAAAUAAAAAUUAAAUCCACGUUUAAAAUAUGUUCAGAGACGCAGUCCCAUCUCUGAUUAAAUUAUUUUUUGUACCUAUAUUAUUUACCAUUAAACAUGUUUACCGCUAAAAGAAAUUAUUUAAUAGUGAAUGGCUAUUCCGUAUUGAAAAAAAGAUAUAUUGGUGUUAACAAAAUGCGCUGUUGCAUUUAACAGAUUUUAAGGUUGAGUCAUUCCCAUAGUCAUUCGUCACGUUACAAAGCAAAGCUGUAAGCAGAGCAGUGUGGCCACCGAGCGGCGACUUUUGAGAACUACAUGCUGGCAGGUUUUCAGGGGAAAUAGAAGGCGAGCUCAUCUUCGUCCUUAUCUCCCCCGCCCUCCUGCGGUGCUCGGUGGUGGAGAAGCGCAUCAGGGGCGGUAACGCAACGCGGGGCUCGGUCGCAGCUCGGCAUCAAAUUAAACAGGGAAAAUCGCUCUAAAUACAUCCGUCGAGGACCGUUCACUAGGCCGCAAUGGGGAACCGGGGCAUGGAGGAUCUGAUCCCCCUGGUGAACCGCAUGCAGGAUGCCUUCUCCGCAAUCGGCCAAAAUGCAGACCUGGACCUGCCUCAGAUCGCCGUCGUGGGCGGACAGAGUGCGGGGAAAAGCUCCGUGUUGGAGAACUUCGUGGGCAAGGAUUUUCUUCCACGUGGCUCUGGCAUCGUGACUCGUCGUCCUUUAGUUCUGCAGCUGAUGAACGCUCCCACGGAGUACGCUGAGUUCCUGCACUGUAAGGGAAAAAAGUUCACAGAUUUUGAUGAGGUUCGUCAGGAGAUCGAGGCUGAGACUGACCGUAUAACAGGCGCCAACAAGGGCAUUUCCUCCGUUCCUAUCAAUUUGCGAGUGUAUUCCCCUCACGUGCUCAAUCUGACACUGGUGGACUUGCCUGGCAUGACCAAAGUGCCCGUGGGCGACCAGCCGGCUGACAUUGAGACUCAAAUUCGGGACAUGCUGCUGCAGUUUGUCACCAAGGACAACUGUCUGAUGCUGGCCGUUUCGCCGGCCAACUCGGAUCUGGCCAACUCGGACGCUUUAAAGAUUGCCAAAGAGGUCGACCCUCAGGGUAUGAGGACCAUUGGCGUUAUUACUAAACUGGACCUCAUGGACGAGGGUACGGAUGCCAAGGACAUUCUGGAGAAUAAGCUGCUUCCGCUCAGACGAGGCUACAUCGGUGUGGUCAACCGAAGCCAAAAGGACAUCGAUGGAAGGAAAGACAUCACAGCUGCCCUGGGUGCAGAGAGGAAGUUCUUUCUCUCUCACCCUUCCUACAGGCACCUAGCUGACCGCAUGGGCACGGCGUACCUGCAGAAAAUCCUGAACCAGCAACUCACCAACCAUAUCCGGGACACGCUGCCGGCUCUGCGGGCCAAGUUGCAAAGCCAGCUCCUUUCCAUCGAGAAGGAAGUGGAGGAGUACAAGAACUUUAGGCCCGACGAUCCGUCUCGCAAGACCAAGGCUCUGCUUCAGAUGGUGCAGCAGUUCUCUGUGGAUUUUGAGAAGUGCAUCGAGGGCUCCGGGGACCAGAUCGACACUGCCGAGCUGUCUGGCGGCGCCAAGAUCAACCGCAUCUUCCAUGAGCGCUUCCCCUUCGAGUUGGUCAAGAUGGAGUUUGAUGAAAAGGAGCUCCGCAAGGAGAUCAGCUACGCCAUCAAGAACAUCCACGGCAUCAGAACUGGUCUCUUCACUCCGGAUAUGGCCUUUGAGACCAUUGUGAAAAGGCAGAUUGGGAAGAUUAAAGAGCCUUGCACCAAAUGUGUGGAUAUGGUCAUGUCUGAGCUAGUCAAUACUGUUAGACAGUGUACCAAAAAGCUGGCCCAGUACCCGAUGCUGAGAGAAGAGAUGGAGAGAAUUGUCACGCAGCACAUCAGAGACAGAGAGAGUCACACCAAACACCAGGUGCUCCUGCUGAUCGAAAUCGAGUUGUCCUACAUGAACACCAACCAUGAGGACUUCAUCGGCUUUGCCAAUGCCCAGCAGAGGAUCAACCAGAUGAACAAGAAGAAGGCGGCUGGGAAUCAGGAUGAGAUCAUGCCGGAGAGAGGAGUUAACGAUCGGUUCAAGGUGAUCCGAAAGGGGUGGCUGACCAUUAACAACAUUAGCAUCAUGAAAGGUGGAGCCAAGGAGUACUGGUUUGUCCUCACUGCAGAGUCGCUGUCCUGGUACAAGGAUGACGAGGAGAAGGAGAAAAAGUACAUGCUGCAGGUGGACAACUUGAGGCUGCGGGAUGUCGAGAAAGGCUUCAUGUCUAGCAAGCACAUUUUUGCCCUAUUCAACACCGAGCAAAGAAAUGUGUACAAGGACUACCGGCAGCUGGAGUUGGCCUGCGAGAGUCAGGAAGACGUGGACGCGUGGAAGGCCUCGUUCUUGCGAGCCGGCGUGUACCCUGAACGUGUCACGGAAAAGGAAGGAAAGAGCGACACGGGUGACGAAAACGGCUCUGACAGUUUCAUGAACAGCAUGGACCCCCAGCUGGAGCGUCAGGUGGAGACCAUCCGCAACCUGGUCGACUCCUACAUGGCCAUCGUCAACAAAACAGUCCGCGACCUGAUGCCCAAGACCAUCAUGCACCUUAUGAUUAAUAACUGUAAAGAGUUCAUAAAUGCUGAGCUGCUGGCCCAGUUGUACUCGUGCGGUGACCAGAACACACUGAUGGAGGAAUCUCAGGAGCAGGCGCAGCACCGUGACGAAAUGCUGAGGAUGUACCACGCCCUGCGAGAGGCACUCCUCAUCAUUGGUGACAUCAGCACGACCACCAUCACCACAGCUAUGCCGCCACCUGUGGACGACUCGUGGCUACAGGUCCAGCGGAGUGGCUCUGGAGGAAGGUCUCCAGCCACUAGUCCGACUCCAAAUCGCAGGGCGCCCCCAGCUCGUCCUGGUUCCCGUGGGCCUCCUCCUGCCGGGGGACCCCCAGUCCCGUCCCGCCCUGGGGCUUCUCCAGACCCUUACAGCGGGCCACCACCCACAGUGCCCUCUCGCCCAAACCGUGCACCCCCGAGUGUGCCCAGGGGCAUGUGAAGACACCCGGACGGGGGCGUACAGGAGUCGGAGACCCCCACCUUCACCGACCCACUAGACCUCCAAGCUCCUUCCUCCUACCCUUCUUCUGUCUCUCCUCUUUGGGCCGACGACAUUACCUUCUUGUCUUCUGCGGUGGUGGCUCCAUCUUCUUGCUCCUACUUCCAUCCCUCAAACAGUACCACCUGUCAACAAUGCACAAAUUCCUAGACUUACCUGUUGCAUGGCCCACUAUAACACACAGAUCCCCAUUAAAAUAAUGUGAAUAUAUUAUAGACUGUGUAUGACAUUGUCAUGCACACAUAAAGCCAAGUUAGCCUCUGUAUCGUAAAACUAAAAUCAAGCAAAACUACUCACUGACCUGACGGAACGCUAAGUGAUCUUUCGUACAUACCUGCUGCAUGACCCACAUUAUCAAACAGGCUCCAUUGAAAUGAACUGUGAAUAUAUUAUACAGUGUGUAUGACAGGGGUGGCAUUUUUCUUUAGCAAACAAGUUGUCAUACUUGCAUAACAACAAUUAUAACUCACCAGACUGAUGAAGGGAAAUCUCAGAUGGAAUAGGGAUGGGAUAAGAAACGUUUAUAAGCAAGCCAUUUUACCCAUUAUGCAGUUGUAUGCUAAUUAGGUUAGCAUCGGUUUGGUAUAAAAAUAAUUUGUGUAGUACUAGUAAGUCUUGUGGGCAGAUCACUUUCCAUAAAUCACUAUAAGGGCCAUUUCUGGUUCCAUGGUUAUCAUCACACUUUUCCUGUGGGCCAUCACUGGUACUAAUACAUAGAAAAGGCCAAAGAAAAAAGCAAAACAAACAAUUUUCUCUUGUAGAUAAUGGUUUGCUGGAGUCACACAUGAUGUUGGCUUGAACUCUGUUGUAGGAAUGGAUGACCAUUACUAUGACAUCAUCUUUGCAUGACAUCCUCUGACCAUAUAUGGUUGUCUGACAUGCUCUCUUCUUGAUCUGCACAGCAGGCCAACAAAGGGGCGCUGUUCGAACUCUAGAAGACACCUCACACCCCUUCUUUUUCCAUCACUCUUCAUCCAUCAUCUACCACUCACUCAGUCCAUAUUUCUUGCACAGAAGCUAUGCAAUGCAGGAAGUC